UGUAAUAUUUUACUAUAUAAGGAUGUAUUGUUUAUUGCGUCCUUGUUUUCAAACAAGCUUUCGACUUGCCUCAAAAAUCAAGUUGAAAUAUGUUUGCAUUUGCAUUGGUCUUAUCAUGAUCCUUGAUUUUUUUGGGGCAUUUACACACUUCCUUGAAAUCACAUAUGAUUCAAAGUUUGUUUAUCCUUAUGAAGGUGAUGUACAUGAAUUUGUUAAUGCAUUACGACAUAAUGAAAAACCUGAUGUUGAUCCUAUAAAUGAGUACAAUUAUACAUAUAAAAUUGAUAUUAGACAAAAAUGCGAAGAUGCUGCAUAUAGCAGUUUUCGUGUUGUGUACAUAGUGAAAUCUGCAUUAGAACAUUUUGAAAGAAGAAUGGCAAUUAGAAACACUUGGGGUUUUGAGAAAAGAUUCUUUGAUGUACCUUCAAGAACAAUUUUUGUCGUAGGUGUACAUCAAGAGGAUAAUGAACUUCAAGCAAAAUUAGAAAUGGAAGCUGCAAAAUAUAAAGAUAUUGUACAAGCAGAUUUCAGAGACAUGUAUUACAAUAAUACUAUUAAAACUAUGAUAAGUUUUAAAUGGUUAGUAAAAUAUUGCCAAAAUUCAAAGUUUUAUAUGUUUGUUGACGAUGAUAUGUAUGUUUCGGUAAGAAACGUUCUGAGAUUCAUAAGAAAUCCAGCUAAUUAUCCAGAUUAUCUGAAAGAACCCAAAAAGAUUGGAGCUCAUAAAAGAGAGAUUAAAGAUUCUGAUAAAACAGAAGAAUUGGGUAUUAACAAUUCAAUUACACAGACAAAUAGCAUUACUUUGAAUAAAAAUGAUUCACUUGUUCGUGAAAACUUAAAAGACACUCUUACUACCAAUGAAAUUAAUCAUAAAUUAACACAGGAUUUUAAUAAUGAAACUUUAAAUUCAAUUACUGUAAUUAAUACAAAUUCUUUGAUGAAAAAGAUCUCUGACCAGGCAGAAAUUGUAAGAAAUGAAACUAAUUUGCAGAGAAGGAAAAAACAAAUUUUUGAUUUUGAACUUCCAGAAGAUGUUAGAUUAUUUGCAGGGUUUGUAUUUGUGUCUUCACCUCAUCGUCAUAAAUCUUCUAAGUGGUAUGUUUCUCUUAGCGAGUAUCCAUAUCAUUUAUGGCCAACAUACAUUACAACCGGUGCAUACAUAUUAUCGAAAGAAGCCCUGUUAGAAAUGUAUUAUACUAAAAAACUAUGCAGCUCUUCACCUUGCCUAUUAAAGGCUUCAUGAUGUGCUUUCGUCCAG